AUGUCAUACACAUGGGGUUCUCUGUUUACUGGUUCUAAAAUCCUGUUCUAUAUACUCUUCUGGGGUUCUCAUAUUGCGGUGUUUGCACUUGGGUGGUAUUUCCAAGCCAACAAUUCAAAAUUGGAUGCCCUCAAUGCCCUCGAAUAUUCCGUCUGGAUCUCCAGAGGUGCAGGCUUAGUACUGACAUUCGAUGGAACCCUGAUUCUGUUGCCCAUGUGCAGGAACAUUGUCAAAACUCUCAGGCCUAGGAUCCGAUGGCUACCGCUCGAUGAAUCGAUAUGGUUCCACCGCCAAGUCAGCUAUGCUCUGCUUAUCUUUACCAUUCUCCAUGUGGCCGCCCAUUAUGUCAACUUUUAUAACGUCGAGAAGAACAACAUUCGGCCCGUUACAGCCGUUCAAAUACAUUUCACUGAAGCAGGGGGGAUUACAGGUCACGUAAUGCUCUUUUGCAUGAUGCUAAUAUAUACUACGGCUCAUCACCGGAUCCGCCAGCAGUCGUUUGAGACCUUCUGGUAUACUCACCACUUAUUCGUGCCCUUUAUGUUAGCCCUCUACACUCACGCUACGGGUUGUUUUGUUCGCGACUCUACAGAACCAUACUCACCCUUCGCGGGUGAAGAUUUCUGGAAACAUUGUAUCGGAUACGAAGGAUGGAGAUGGGAGCUAGUAGCAGGUGGUCUUUACCUCCUCGAAAGGCUCUAUCGUGAGAUUCGAUCUCGGCGUGAAACAGUAAUAACAAAGGUGAUCCGUCAUCCAUACGAUGCCAUGGAGAUCCAAUUCCGUAAGGAGAGCAUGAGGUACAAAGCCGGCCAAUGGCUCUUCAUCCAAGUCCCUGAGGUGUCGAGCAACCAAUGGCACCCCUUUACCAUCACCUCCUGCCCGUUUGACCCGUACAUCAGUAUCCACGUCCGCCAAGUGGGAGACUUCACACGAGCCCUCGGUGACGCCCUUGGAUGCGGACCGGCCCAAGCCAGAGACCUCGAAGGCCUCGACCCGCUCGGAAUAAAAUGCCUCAACUCCGCGUCGACGGACCCUACGGAGCCCCAGCUGAGGACGUUUCGAAACGAAAUCGCUGUUCUCAUUGGAACUGGCAUCGGCGUCACACCAUGGGCAUCCAUCCUAAAGAACAUCUGGCACAUGCGCGCUGGACCUAACCCGCCCCGUCGUCUUCGCCGCGUCGAGUUCAUCUGGGUCUGCAAGGAUACCUCUUCCUUCGAAUGGUUCCAGGCUCUCUUAUCCUCACUCGAGUCCCAGUCUGCCUACGAGGCAGCAAACGAAGGGCGAGUGGAAUUCUUGCGCAUCCACACCUACCUUACACAACGUCUAGACGACGACACUACCGCUAACAUCUACCUCAAUUCCGUCGGCCAGGAGGUCGACCCCCUCACGGAGCUGAAGAGUCGGACCAACUUCGGCCGUCCAAACUUCCAGCGUCUCUUCACUGCCAUGCGCGAUGGUCUCCAAGACGGGACAUACAUGCCUGGCUUAUAUGCCGAAUUUGCAACGCAGAUCGGAGUAUAUUUCUGCGGACCCAAUGCCGCUGCUCGGCAGAUCAGGGAAGCUGCCAUGACAUCGGCAACUAAGGAUAUUAAGUUCAAGUUCUGGAAAGAACACUUCUAA